UCAGUGGUGUGUGAGUUCUCACAUGGCUUGUUCUGAGAACAUGUUUUUUCUCAUUGGCCUCUUUAUGUCAGGUGUUUUGACCUGUUUUGGUCGACGAGAUUUGAUCACCACAAUGCCAGAUAGACUGGAUGGACUGACUGGCUCCUGUGUGCAAAUCCCAUGUUCAUUUGAUGUUCCUGAACAACAUAAGAAUACAUUUAAAGCCACAAUACCAACCUUUGGAGUGUGGAUAAAAACACAUCCAGAUGUUCAUCAGUAUCCUGGAAACGUGAUUUUUCACAGUAAUGGGAAAGUCAACAGAUAUCAAGGGAAGAUAACUGGAAACAUGUCCCAGAAGAACUGCACCACAGUCUUCUUCAAUGUAACAACCAGUUACUCUGAUAAAUACUACUUCAGGAUUGACGGUCAACCAUUCCGUGGAACAGAUCCUGAUAAGUCUGUUAAUAUAGUUGUCAGUGAUUUUCCUUCCAGUCCCAUCAUUACGGUCUCAGGUGAGGUGAAGGAAGGGACCCCUGUCAGCUUGAACUGCUCUGCUGUCGCUCCCUGUCCCGAACACCCCCCUGAGCUGACAUGGACUCUCCCAACACAGUUCACAACUGAGAACCAACUGCAGGAGAAUCCAGACCAAACCAUAUCAGUUCUCUCCACGGUGACCUUCACUCCAUCAUAUCUUCAUCAUGAGAAGAACAUCACUUGUACUGCAGUCUACCCAGUAGGGACAAGCAACAAGACAGCUGAACAUAACAUGAUGCUUAACGUUUCAUUCUCUCCUAAGGACACCUCAGCCUCCAUCAGUCCAUAUGAUCCAGUAUUAGUGGGCAGCUAUGUUAAUCUGACCUGCAGCAGUACAGCCAACCCUCCUGUGACAAACUUCACCUGGUUCCAGAUCAGUGAGGGUAAAACAACUCAGGUUGCAUCUGGACAGAGUUACACCCUCAAUGUGACUGGUGAUGGAGGACUGUACUUCUGUGAAGGAAGAAAUAGUCACGGCUGUGGGAAGUCGAAUGAAGUGCAGCUGGCUAUAAAAGGUAAAAUGGGCACGUAGGGCACAAUCGUAGGUUAGAUAUACAAUAUAUAUUCAAAAGUAUGUGGACACCCCUUCAAAUGCGUGGAUGUAGAAGAGGUACUUCUACACACCUGCUGUAACGUCUUUCUUCCUGGAAAGGAGAGGACCAAAGUGCAGUGUGAUUAGUGUCCAUGGUUAUUUAAUGACAGAAACUCAACAUGAACG